UGUGUGUUUACUUGUAAAGCGAGUUCGAGCUUGUCAUUUGAAGAAAGUCGAGCACAGUUACUGCAACGGAAUACUUUAGCUGUAAAAAUAUAAGGGAACAAUAUCACAGGGAUAAGAAAAUGCUCGUUCCAGGAUGUUGAGAGGGACGUUAAUAUGUUUAAUUGACGACAGGAGGAACUUUAAUGUGCUCCUUGCUGGUCAGAGAUGUCACUUCAGAGCGAAACAAACACAUGUCUGAUCGCGGACUUCCCGUGAACGUGCAAUUACUCGGUUAACAGGACUUUGCGUCAUACUGGAGUUUUUGCGUGUAUCCGUGAGCGAUGGCACGGCGGAAUGUAAAGUUGCACUUUCUUAUUCCACUUUACAUGUGGAUAUGCUCUCAAGCUUCAUUUGAAGUGGAUGUAAACUGCUGGUGGAAUCAAGCUCUUCAUGUGGACCCCAAUGUGUCUGUUGUGUGCCACACGAGUGCAAACAGUUGUGAUCUCUGCCAGAUUUAUGUUAUCACGCCGGGGCACAGACAUCUGUUACCCAGCACAUGUGCCAGUACCAAAGAAACCUUCAGCUUCUCUAUCGCAGCAAAACAUACAGGGCAUAUUAGAUGCAUGUGCAAUGGAAAUAUGGCGGAUACGUGCAAUGUUACAGUAAGAGGAGGCUAUCCACCAUCUCCCCCGUCUCCCCCUAUUUGUACUAUUGGAGAUUUGGAAUAUUUUGAAGACAUCCUCUGCUCCUGGACUAAAUCCAAUGAGCCGAUGAUUCCAACCAUUUACACUCUUCACUGGCUAAAUUUUUCUAGGGACGUUUACUCAAAGGAGAGUGAUAAAGAGAAUGCGGUCAUAACCCGGCAUGAGUAUACGAAAAGCACUGACAUUACAGCAUGGGUCACUGCCGAAAACGUGCUGGGUUCUGCACAAUCUGAAAAGUCUGUCUUCAACACAGGCCAUAUCUUUCGUCCAGAACCCCCCAACAAUAUUACCCACACCUUCAUGCCGCUGGUGAUCGACUGGAACAUGGACUGUGACUCUGAACAUGGACUGGGACCCUUAGACAAGAGUUGUCAAGUGCAGUACCGUGCACACACUACCCAUCACCCACUGGACUGGAUUCAGGAGGAUGAUUUCCAGUCCACGUUUCCGUUGGAGGAUUCCCAGCCAUUCACACAAUACAGUUUUCGUGUUCGCUGCCACUGUGGAUAUGAAGAGAAAGUCAUGAGUGAAUGGAGUUCAGUGUAUUCAGUCAGAACUCCCCCUGCAGCACCGGUUGGACAGCUGGAUGUUUGGAGUGAUUGUGCCCCUAAUUCUGACAACUCUUCCUGUAACAUCUAUUGGAAGGAAAUGCCCCUUUCUCAGGCUAGAGGGGAAAUUAGCAGCUAUAUUGUGACUCUGAAGCUUAAAAAUGGCACUGAGGUCAAGCAGGUUACCAGGCAACGGAGAGACACAGGAAGUCAGCAUCACCACGAGCAGAACUGCCUGCAGCUCAGACAGUUCACUCUGAAGAUGGGUGUUAUGGGAGUUUUUGUGUCUGCCAACACCUCAAUGGGCACGUCCGACCCCACAUUCAUGCCGUUUCCUGUGAGGGGACAGACGGCACCUGAGGUGAAUCUGAGUGUAAUAGGUGAGAAUCAGACACUGCAGGUCUCAUGGCAUGUGCACCCACAGUUCUCUGAGAGUGUCCUGGAGUAUGUGGUACAAUACGUGUCUGUAGUACCUUACCAUCCGUGCCUGAACUGGGUCAGAGCGAACAGAACCCAGAGAUCUGUUACAAUCACAGGUGACUUCAGGAACUACACAGCAUAUAAUGUGUCGCUGUUUGCCGUCUUCACCAACCACAGCACUUUCCUCAAGUCAGCGAUUGCAUACACACUUCAAGGAAUUCCUCCUGAAGUCCCACAAUUUCAUGUGAAGAUCACCUCUCACUCUUCUGUCAUUCUGACGUGGAGCCCCAUCCCUGUGCAUGAGAGCAAAGGUUUCAUCCUGUAUUACUUGGUGGGCAUCGAUGAGACAGGGUCUAACGUAAGCACUGACAAGACCAGCAUGCAGCUGUCAGACCUGCAGCCGUCCCAACAGUACCAGGCCUGGGUGAGCGCUGUGAGCGCUGCUGGUGAAGGCAAGAGGAGCAUCACCACUUUUUCCACCACUAAUGAAAACCGUUUUGUUACCUCAACACUGUUGGCUCUAUUCAUACCAUUGAUGUUAAUUUUGGCAUUUAUCUUCCUAUUGUCACGUUACUGUUCUCAGAAGAUCCCAGAUCCAUUAAACAGUAAAUCAUUUAAACAUAUGAACUUUCAGCAAACGUGGCCAUGGCUCUAUCCUCCGUCAGAAUUGACUGUGAAGAUCUCUGAGCUGGAGAUUGUGGAGAACCUGCAUCCCAACACACCUCCCCCUCCCUCAGAGAUUGAGCUGGAGAAGAUUUUAAUCGAUGCGAAACCCAAACAUUUUCAGGUGCGGGAUGGACUGGGCAGAACAAAUGAAGGUGGGGAGAAGUGGUUAGAAGACUCGGAGGAAUCAAACAGAGGAAACAUUUCAAAGCAGGACAGCUGGAAAAAAGAGUACAGUGAGAUGGUUGACACUGAUGAAGAGGAGGAUAACAGUGGUGAAGACUGGUGGGACCAGCAGUGCGUCUCGGACUAUGAAAGACAUUUUAUGCCGCCUGUUGAAGUGAAUUAACUCUGCUGUUUCAUACCUCAUGAUGUUUUAUCUCUACUGUGGUGCCUUAAAUAGAACAAUCAGAAACGUGAUUGUUUUUACUGAAGAACUCUUUAAUCGUACUGAAAAGAGUAUUAAGACAUUGUUCAUGAAAUUCCAAAUGUGUCUGUGGGAGAGAUCUCACAGAUUUUCACAUUUACAGUCUUCCAAACUAGCUGCACUGUUUAAAGUUGAAGUACAGUUUUUGUGCCACUAUUCCAUCAAACAGAAUCAGGACACUUUCCUCUUUUGCCAUUGGGUGCUCAAACAGAUGUUCUUGCCACAAACUCACGCCAUUAGUUGAGCCAUUGUUCGGCUGUUUGGAACAGUGCACAGCUCCACAGUCCCAUGUGCUUUAUACUUUUCAGGGAGUUCAGACUAUAAAUGUUUUAUGGUCUCUGCACAUUAAACCUAAAGGUAUUUUAACUUCGAAAACAUUGCAUUUGUGACACAAAUGAGACUGUAUUACUGGUAGAUAUCUACAACUGAUUGUAACAUUUUUUUGUACAUAAUAAAUAUGUUUUAUAUAUAUGAA